AUGGCAGCUGGUGAGCGAAGGGUGACCAGGGCCCUGAACUCUGUGGCCCUGGCUUUGACGGAAGCAAAGUUGUUCUCAAUUGUGGAAGAGGAGACUUUGGACAGCAGAACAAAAAAGGAAGACAGUCUCUUGGAGCAGAUGCAUUUGUCACAGGAAGCCACAUCAAACCCUGGGGUCUUUGUUAAACCUCUCCAUCUGCCCAGUUACCAGGAGGUAGAUAGCCCCAGGAAGGAGUCCAGUCAGCCCUGGGUGCCAGGCCAGGAGUGGAUAAAGCUAGAAAGAGGCACCACAGAAGAGAAGGUGUUUGAACAGCUGAAGCCCAUCGCACCUGUACAGAAGACGGUCCCAUGGGUGGGCGAGGUAGCCACCACCCCGCAGGAAGCCAUGAAGAGAGAUUGCUGGUGGGAGGCAUGGGUGAAGAAGUCUCUCCUGUUCUUCCAGAAGCCAGUCACCUUUGAGGAUUUGGCAGUGAAUUUCACCCAGGAAGAGUGGGACUGUCUAGAUGCCAGCCAGAGGGUCCUUUACCAGGAUGUUAUGUCGGAAACCUUUAAGAACCUAGCAUCUGUGGCCAGAAUGUUUCUGCAUAAGCCAGAGCUAAUCACCAAGCUUGAGCACCAAGAGAAACAGUGGAGAGUGUUUCUCCAGCUCCCAAACACAGAAGGCCUUUCAGAAGGCAAGAAGAAAGAGCUUCAAGAACAAGAUCACAGUCUGAGAGAUGAAGGAACUAGUGAGGACAAGGUCUUCCUCGCAUGCAGAGGGGCCCUCUCUGCCCCAACUGGGUGUAUGGACAGGACCCGGGUGCUUCAAGCAUCACGGGGUGGGCCACCUUUUUUUUGCCACACCUGCGGCAAGUGUUUCAGUAGGCGCUCCUACCUCUACAGCCACCAGUUUGUUCACAAUCCCAAGCGGACUAAUAGCUGCAGCCAGUGUGGGAAGCUGUUUCGGAGUCCCAAGUCCCUCAGCUAUCACAGACGCAUGCAUCUUGGGGAGAGGCCCUUCUGUUGCACGCUCUGUGACAAGACCUACUGUGAUGCUUCUGGUCUAAGUCGUCACCGCCGCGUCCAUCUGGGUUACCGGCCCCAUUCAUGUUCCGUGUGUGGGAAGAGCUUCCGCGACCAGUCUGAGCUCAAACGCCACCAGAGGACACACCAAAACCAGGAGGCAGUGGAUGGAAACCAAGAGUAUACUUUGAGGACUCCAGGCACCCCUGCUGGAUUCCAGACAGCCAUCACCAGAAGCCAGAGGUCCAUCCAGGGGCUUGUGGACAUGGACCAUGCACCAGGGGCCAGGUCCCAGGAAUCCAUAUUUAGAACUGAGGGUCCUAUGGUCCAGAACCAGCCAUCUGUACUUAAGAACCAAGUGCCUGUGACCAGGACCCAGGCACCAAUCACUGGAACCCCUUGUCAGGAUGACAGAUACAAUUCUUAUCCAGUGAAGCCCUCAAGACUCAAUGUCUUCUCUUGCCCCCAUUGUCCUUUGACUUUUAGCAAGAAAUCCUAUCUCUCCAGCCACAAGAAGACCCACCUCAUAGAGCCACCCAACUACUGCUUUCAUUGUAGCAAGUCUUUCAGCUCAUUUUCCAAGCUGGUCAGACACCAGCAGCAGACCCACUGGAAGCAGAAGAGCUACCGUUGCCCUAUCUGUGACCUCUGCUUUAGGGAGAAAGAGGGCCUUAUGGGUCACUGGAGGGGCUCUAAAGGCAAGGAACUGUGCCCAGACAGCCACGGUAAAUGCCGGGUGAUCCUGGGCCAGUGGCUUGGCUUCUCUCAUGAUGCCCUCACUGUGGCUGGGGAAGAAUGGAAGCAUGGAGGUGAUGGGUCUCCCCCCAGGAUCCACAGCCCCAGGAGAAGAGGCAUAACGGAGAAGGCAUGCAAAGGAGACAAAACAAAGGAGGCAGUGAGCAUUUUGAAACAUAAAUAA